AUGGAGAAAAGUCCUGUACCUGAUUCCAAUGCAUCAACAACUACUACAGCAAUUGGAUCCAGGUUCUCCAUUUUGAACAAGUCCUUCAAGGUUGCUCUUCGUUCUAUGCUAACUUCACGUCCAAAGGAGGAAUUUGUUAAAGAAUUUCCAACUUUUACCAAUGCUGAAAAAAAUUAUCUUCAUCGCCUAUAUCUUCAGGCCAUGAAUUCUUUUCAGGAAGCCUUUGAGGAAGAAUUUGAAGCAAUCUGUCUCAAAAUAAAGCUAGGAGCCGUUCUUGAUGCUGUAGAGGAAAUUGUGGAAGAACAAGAACUGGAUCCUUUGUUUUCAAAAAGGAGUAACAUAGUGGAUACUGCUGAAAGUCUGUCUUUGGCAAAGAAGAAUGAAAUCCAACACUUAAAGCAUAUGGUGCAAUUGGGAGAGGAAAAUAAUCAAAGGCUCCGCAACCAACUGCAACUCCUUAAAGAAAACAGUCAACUUUUGUCUGGUGUUUCACAUGCUAUUGAAAAGUUCAAAAUCAUAAAUUCAAAUUAUGGAGCCAACCCAGGUGAUGAAAUGCAUGAUGCAUACCAUUUCUAG